AUGGCGGCGCCCUGCGUGGAGAUGGAGCCGGCAGCGGCUCCUCGCAGUCCAGGCGCGGGGGAUCUGGUUUGUGCGCGCGGCCGCAACCGUAAGGCCGUGCUCUGCCAGCGCUGCGGCUCGCGCGUGCUGCUGCCCGGCGCCGCUACCUUGGCGCGCAGAGAGCUUUUCCUUCCCUCCAUGAAGAAGAAGACAGCCCUGCUUGCCAGCAACUCUCCGGAUGGGGACGUGCUCCAGGAUCACUGGCUCGUAGAUGACAUGUUUUCCUUUGAGAAUAUUGGGUUCACCAAGGACGUUGGGAAUGUAAAGUUCCUCAUAUGCGCAGACUGUGAGAUCGGGCCUAUUGGCUGGCAUUGCCUAGAUGAUAAGAAGAGCUUCUAUAUAGCCCUGGACCGUGUUUCUCAUGAGUAGCAUCCUGAGUGGAGCUGGGACGCUCUGCGAGGCCAUCCCAGCUGGUGGCCAGGAUUCCUCAGUGCAGCCAUUCCACAGCUCUUAACAUGUGCCAACAUGAAGCCAGAGGCACCGGCUCAUGAACUUGAACAUGUCAUGGAUUCAUCUGAACACCUUAUUUAAAGCAAUGGGCAAUUAUUGUCACAUUCCAUGCAUUAUGGCUUCCUCUGGUCCUUCCUCCCACUGUAACACGGGGAUGGUGAUUCCACAGUCUCCCAUUUCUGAUGUUUAGUCCUAACUCAUGGUUCCUGAAGUGUAAAAUGUGAGCAUAACUCUUCCCACCAGACGUCUUUCCCACAGAAACUCACAGUUUGUUUUUUUUAAUUUAAAUUUUGACUGGAAUAUGGAACUUUGUGAUGUAUUUCAAUGAAAAAGCUUUCUCCAAAAGGGAGGAACAAACUAGAAACUGCACCUUUGAGAGGACAGCAAGGUAGAUAGAACUUUGCCCAUUUUCUCAGGCAUUUUAUUCAGUUUUAGUGGUUUCUCACUAUGAUUUGGCCUACAGGAUUUGCCCUUCAUGCCACAUGUAAAAGUUUACAGCCUGGGCAGCUUUCUCCCUCCUUUUAAAAUAUUACUUUCCUGCUUGUAUUUACAGUUUAAAUUGUUCAUGGCCUGGCAAUGAAAGAUGGCCUGGGCUGGUGCUGCUGUGGAGGUUUCAUUUUGCAGGAAGUAUAAGAGUGUUUCCUGUGUAAGAUAAAUCCAUAGUCAAAUUGCAAAAAGUAAAUGUACUUGAACUGCUAUAAUCAAUAUUCAUGUUCAAUUAAAUUUAUUCCAUGUUUCUCAGUGUGAUGUUUGUAUUGUCUUUUGUCUGUAGAGACCCUAAUGAGGGAGGACAGUAAAGUAUACAUUUUUGAAAGUUUAUAUUGCUUGCUGUAGACUUACUGGUCACGCUGCAAGUACAUUUGAUUAAGACUUGUGUGAGAAGUUUAUUAAGUUCUUUCCGAAAUGUGAUUGUGAAACUUGCUUAAAAUUAGAACAUGCUGCCUUAAUACAAAAGUCAAGUUCUUAACAUACUGUACAGGAAAAAAAAAAUUGGAAACUGAGUGUCAGCAAAUAUGGUCCUCGAUAUGGACUAGAUAAUUACAGAAGUUAGCUUUUGCUAAAAAUGCAUAAUGAAGAAUCAUUGUCUCAUUAAAACUUCAUUAUCUUGA